AUGGGGUUGUUUAGGAAGCGAUCCACCAGCAGUACCACAUCCACCAAGUUGAAGAGGCCAUUGAGAUCUGGAUCACUGCCACCAGAGGUUCCUGCUAUACCACCUCCUCCAAUUCAAAAUGCCGUCAUUCCACAGCAAUCUCUUAAUCCGAAAUCUUCGUUUGUUGGGCCGACCUAUUUGGCGACACGGGAUACACAGCGUAUAAAUCAAAAUGCUGUUGGAGGAGGAGGAGCUAGUGCCGGUAGCUUUGUUGGUCCUAGUCCGGUUCUUGCGCCCUUAAAUAAUGGUAAUGGUGGUGGUGGUGGUGGUGGUGGUGGUAUUCCAACUGGAACCAACAUCGAUGAUGGAUUUUCAACUCCUGUCUCUCAGGUUUCCGGUCUCACUCACCCGUCUGACGCUCCACCGGCGCGUUCUACCGCCCCGUCGUCUGUGGAUGCCAUGUCUGCCGUUAGCUCCUUUAGGAAGACUGGUCCUCAACCUUAUCCUCUUCCACCUAUUCAAACGAGUGGUCCACAGAUGCAGCUGAAUGGACAACGGCUUUCAACUUCUACCAUGCCAGAUGAUGGGUUUUAUAUGUCAAAUAUUGGCCGUCCUAGGAGGCUCUCAGGAACGUCUGCUAUCGGUUCGGAAUUUGAUUCGAGACCGUCAAGUAUGACCGUCACAGGGAUGUCAGGGCCUGCUGGUGCUGGUGCUAUAAAUACUAUCAACCGCAAAGCGCCACCCCCACCGUUGCGUGAUAAUCCAAGUACCUCUACGUUACCCCAGGAGUGGACGGACAGGGACCCUAGCAUCAAUACCCGGUUUACACACUCUCCAACUCCUUCGGAAUCUGCUUCCAUGCAGAGUUCCGUAGUGUAUCCCCAACAACCACCAUCUGAAAGGAGAACCUACUACCAAGGCGGCCCACUACCUACAAAUAAUAGGUUUCGUCCGCCGCCACCUCAUUCUUAUCCUUCUAAUUAUCCUCAUCCACCUCCACCUCACUUUCAAAACCCAAACGGUCUUCGUCGUGGCCCUCCUCCCCCUGGAUAUCCCCCUCACCAAUAUCGUCCUAAUAGUGCUAGUCAACGACAUCCCCCACCACCUCGAUUCUUUCCUCCACAGAACCUCACGAGAACCGGCAGCUUUAGAAAUUCACAAAAUAUGCUUCCAUCCCUCCCGGAAAACAGACGUGCUAACACCAUGCCUUCGUCAAAUUCAUCUCUUCUUCGUCCGAACAUCCCACCUGUUCCUGGACCCAAGCACCUGGCUAUCACUUUCUCGCCAAGUCAUAUUGAAUGCAACACCAGACACCAGGUCAUGAUGCCAUUCAAGAACUAUCACCACCCCGUCCCGUGUACUACAUGCCGACGCGUUGCUGUUGAUGGAAUGCAAUACUGUACCCACUGUGCUCUCCGUGUUUGUAGAGAAUGCGCGGACAGGCUUAAGAAGGAGUGGAAUGGUGACAUCACCAAGGGGUGGGGCAAUGUUACCUCUGCGGUCGAGGAGUUUAGAGCCUCCGUUGGCCCCGAGACCACCAUGGUUGCUGGGUGGUCUGAUCAUUCCCCACCUGUUGGUGCCAAAGCUGCCGUUAGUCAGCUCUCCUGGCCCACUCGUUCCAAUACCGAGCGUGUCUGCGGUCUGCUUGGUAUCCCAUACCGCCCAAAGACUGCUCCGAAUCCUACCUCGUCGUCUUACCAAAACGCCUUGGAUAUUGAUGUCCCGGAUAUGAUUGAUCAGAAUCAAUUCAACUUCGAAAGCAACAUGGAUCUUGAGUCUGGUGCUUCUACUGUAUCACCACCUUCACCGGUUACUCCACCUGCUUUCGGGGGCCUUGGUGGUGAACAUCGCCUCCCACUCACCCUCCCUAAUGAGCAUCGUCUCCCUCCAUUGGCUAUCCCUCCAAGCAAGCACAAUUUCGAGGGCCCUGGCUAUGGAUAUACGGCUUCUCCUGAGAUCGUCUCGGAUUCAAAUCCGGAAUUGGUCCAACCUCGUCCUCAGUACCCUGUCGACCCGGCUAACCUUCUCAAUUCGGAUUCGCGUCGUUCUCGCUCCUAUGCUUACGCUCCGAAUCCACCACCACCCCCACCACCUGCUCCUGCUACCACCGCCCUCUACCGCACCGACACCCAGAUUAGUAACACAACUGUUGGUAAGAACUCGGUUGCCCGCCCCUUCACCGGUAGCGCCAGUGUUGGUGGUCGCAGCAGUAUUUUUGACACCUUUAAGUCAUCCGGUGGCGAGAAGAAAAAGAAGGGACUGAAGGGCUUGUUUUCGAGGAAAUGA